AUGGGCGCUCUCUUUUCCCGUGCACGAUCGCCGGCGACGGAGCUGGAACGUGUUGCAUUAGAAAUAGUGGAUCUCGAGCGAAAAAUCGUCAACAUUUCGAAGAGACACGCUGCAACAUGUCGCUACUAUUACUCAACAUUCGUUGCCAUAUUUGUUGUAGUUUUUGCCCAUAUUUGGCUUCGUUAUGACAAUCCCGUGCGAACUUACUAUUCAAUUGGGGUAGGAUUAACCGCAAUCUUUGUUAUUUUUAUUGGACGCUAUUUCAUUAACGCAUUUUACAAUUGGAGAACCAAAGUAACCGUUCAAAAAUUGGAGCAUAGCAAUUCUCAGAAGCAAGCCCUGCUUGACGUUGUGAAAGAAACAUUGAACUUCAAGGAGGCCAAAAAGAUUCUUGACCGCUAUGAAAAACCUGAAAACAAAUCAUCGUCUGAGCCAUCGGUCAAUCAAAGUGCUCCGACUACUCCAAUAAUGGGACGUCAUCCAAUUCAUCAGCGUAAUAAUUUCACCCCAACGGAAAUAGGAAUGACUCCGAAUCUCAAGAAUUCGUCGGUCAUUAAAAAUGAAACUUCAUUCCAAAAACCUAUGCCUGACACGAGUUAUAAGCGUCCUCCCAGUUCUGUGACUACCAAAUCAAGUCCACCAAUGAAAUUUGGUACCCCAAAUCAGAUUCAGAAAGGAUUCAUGAACAAACCGGAGCCGAUUCGCCCAUAUCUUCGCCAAAAUGGACCAUUGGAUCGUAUUUUAGAUUAUUUCAUGUCGGAUGGCCCUUCAUGCAGAAUGGCUUUGAUUUGCAAGAACUGCGGCACACAUAACGGAAUGGCGUUGCCUGCGGAAGUUCCGUUUUUGGAUUUCCGUUGUUUCGAGUGUAAAACGAUGAAUCGCCGUCCAAAUCAGGGAAAUCAAAAACCACCACCACCGCAGGAUUUCUCCACAACGAAUACCGCAUCUGAGAAUCGACAAUUGUUGCUUUGGUGGUACGGAUCGCACCAGUGUUUUGAUAGCCACGACGAGGAGGACGAGCAAGGGCAACCGGCUGGUAAGCUCUCCGACGGACCACUUCCGUAG